GGGUUGAACUCUUUCUAGGUUACAGAGUUAAACUUGCUUGCCUUUCACGUUCGCUUACUUUAUCCUUCGAUUAAAUGAUAUAACAUGAUACUUUCAUAUUACAAAGACCAACUGCUAUGUCGUCAGAUCACGGUUCUGGAAGCUACCGCUACCUCCUGACCUUCUACUCUCCCUCUUUCCGUCUCCUCGCACUCACCCCGCCCCCUUCCAUUCUCAUUUACGAGGUGUUCCGUAGGUGCCGAGCAAUCCCGAGGGGCGGGUCUAAAUGGAGGCGGGGGCUGUCUUCAUUCAAAUCGGGUGUUUUAAAAAGCGGGUGAGCGGUGGCUGUUCAGUCACGGCAGUCGGCAAAUAUUGAGGGGAAAACAAGGACCAAAGUCAAACCAUGAAUGUCCUGAAAGAGGGGUUGGCUGCGUUGAUCCUGUUGCCCCGGUUUUUAGUAACCGUCCUUAUUCUGUUGCUCCUUGAUAUCUUGUGCAUCCGUAAAUGGAUGCUGUCCAGGAAACAGAGCGAAGGAAAUGCUGACGAUCCUCCAAUUUGCGUCUCGGACACAAACCGAAUGUUUACUUUCGAAUCUCUCAAAGCGAUCUGGCACGGCCAGAAACUAGACUUCUUCAAAUUGGCCCACGUGGGUUCGCCGGCUCCAAACCCCGAGGUGGUGGAACUUCAAGAACACAGGAGGGUCCGACUACUCGAUUUCAACCAAGAUGCGAGGCCCUUGGUUCUCAACUUUGGGAGCUGCACUUGACCCCCAUUCAUGGCGCGCCUCAAGGCGUUCCGGCGGGUCGCCACUCAGUAUGCAGACAUUGCAGACUUUCUACUGGUCUACAUUGAGGAAGCCCACCCUUCAGAUGGCUGGAUAAGUACCGAUGCUCCUUACGAUAUCCCAAAGCACCGUUGCCUGGAAGACCGUCUGAAAGCGGCCAAUCUGAUGAAGGAAGCGAACCCUGGUUGCUUUGUUGUGGCGGACGGCAUGAGCAAUUCUUCCAGCGCAGCCUACGGCGCUUAUUUUGAAAGGCUCUAUGUCCUCCUCAAUCAGAAAGUGGUGUAUCAAGGAGGGAGGGGGCCAGAGGGUUAUAAGAUCUCAGAACUCAGAUUGUGGCUCGACCAGUACAGAAAUCAGAGUGAUAAUUCCAGCACUGCCGCAGUUGAAGUAUAAAAGAAAUAAAUGCACUGAACUCUUACAAAGGUUUAAUAUAUUUCAUUCUGCAUACUGGUGGUUUUUUUUUUGCUGAACGAAUUCGUGAAAUCCACGGUGACUUGUAAUGUAUGGUUAAUGUGGCUUUAUUCUCCGAUAAUAUUUAAUGUAUACAGUAUCUGUAAAUAUACUUAAACUAUAUAGUUUUUGUACAGUUUCAUUUUACUUGAAAAGCGAGUUAAAUAAUAAUUGGAAUUCGUAGAUAUUCUUGGCACUUUUUUGUGAAAGCCGGUUUUGAAAUGGCAUUUUGCUUGGAAACCGCGCCUGAUGUGACAAGUGCUCGGGAUACCGUGCUCAAAGUUUGAGAGACCGCUACUGUAAUGAGGCUGUUGACAGAGAUGUUUCGAAAUCAUUCGUGGUAUUUUUUUUGAGAAAAGGUCUUGUUUCGCAUGUUUUAGAACAAACGUUUAUUACAAUUUAUAAUAAAGAAUUCAAAAAUCGAAAAAUAAACUAUUUAA